GCAACGGGAGCGGGAAGAAGAAAGCAGAGAGCCCGAAGGCAGUAGCCCCCCACCACCAUCACCGCCGGCCCAGGUUACCAUCUUGCACCGGGAGAGACAACAACAGAGAGCCGCCGCCGGCAGAAGCCAUUUACCAACCAGUAGUCACCAUGAGCAGCGAGGCCGAGAUACAACAACAGCCGCAGCAGCCUGCUGUCGACGACGAGGAGGAGGAGAGCCCAUCCAGCCCGGCAGCCGCAGCUUCCGUGGGGGAUAAGAAGGUCAUCGCAACAAAAGUUUUGGGUACAGUCAAAUGGUUCAACGUCAGGAACGGAUAUGGUUUCAUCAAUAGGAACGACACAAAAGAGGACGUUUUUGUACACCAGACAGCCAUUAAGAAGAACAACCCGAGAAAAUACCUCCGCAGUGUUGGUGAUGGAGAAACUGUGGAGUUUGACGUAGUUGAGGGAGAGAAGGGGGCAGAGGCGGCAAAUGUCACCGGUCCAGGGGGCGUGGCGGUCCAGGGGAGUAAGUACGCCGCUGACAGGAACCGCUACAGGCGCUACCCCCGAAGGAGGGGCCCACCCCGCGCCGGCGACUAUCCGGAGAACUACCAGAGUGACGGAGAGGGCGAGCCGGUGCCCGGGGUCCGCGAGAAAGGCAGCCGGGACGGCGGCGAGAGCGCCCCCGAGGGAGACGUCCAGCAGCCGCAGCGCAGGCCGGCUUACCCUGGCAGACGGCGCUACCCGCCAUACUUUGCAGGCGAGGGCGACGAGAACCAGGGGGGUCCAGACCCGGGCAACAAACCAGUGAGGCAGAACUACUACAGAGGCUUCAGACCAAGGGGUCCACCUCGUCCCAGACCGGUGCGGGACAACGAGGAGGACAAGGAGAAUCAGGGCGGCGAAGGGGGUCAGAACCAGCAGCCCCGCCAGCGGCGCUAUCGCCGAAACGUCAACUACCGCCGCAGACCACGCCCACCGACUGGCAGCGACGGCAAACCCGGCCAGGACACCAAGGAGGCCAAGGCAGGAGGCGACGCCUCUGUAGAGAAAACGUCCGCUCCCGAGGCCCAGCAGGGUGGGACUGAGUAGGAAACAACCUGUCUGCCGGCACCUACCAUCUUUUACCAUCGUCCGGUUUUUUUUGUCAACAAGAAGAAACAUCAAAGAUCUGAGCAAUAAAGAUUUGACUUGACGACCGUCACAAGCUUGCACCAUGCAUUUGACCAGAUUACCACUGAUUGCCUGCAGGAUCUAUGCAGACUUGUUCUUUUCCUUCUUUUUAUGUGACAGUUCCAAAACAUUUUGGGGAAACGACACGUUUUUCUAAAUCUGUCCUAAGUUUUUACACCAAAUGGUUUUUCAAGAAAAAAUAAAUUUGAUAUUUGGUCAGUUUGACGUUUUUAAAUAACUUUUUAUGUACACAAACGUUUUAACAAAAUGCAAGCUCAAAUAAAAGUUAAAAAACCAA